CCCAUCGCCCAAGUCGCACCAACCACCAACCUCCCAUUACUGACUCGCAUUCUUCGUCGUCGCCAGCGCGACACUUCCUCCUCAGCGUUAACUCUUUGCAACAUCUCUUUCGCCUUUUUACCCUCGACUUGACUGCGCAUCCACCUGCGCGGCCUGAAAUCAACAUCAUCCCUCCCUCGACGCGUCGAUCGUCCAUCGCCCACUUCCACAACCUACCUUACCGCCCCCUCACCCGUCCGCAUGUCCCCGUGAGCUGUCACGCACACCUCAAUCUCUCACUGAGCUUCAAAUGUUUUAUUCAGAACAACUUCUGGCCAAGACCGGGCCUCUGGCUCGUGUCUGGCUCGCCUCCAAUGUCGAGCGCAAGCUCUCAAAAUCGCAAAUCCUACAAUCAGAUAUCGAGAGUAGUGUUGGAGCCAUUGUUGACCAAGGACAUGCUCCUAUGGCCUUGCGCCUAAGUGGCCAGCUCAUGCUGGGCGUGGUGCGAAUCUAUGGAAGAAAAGCCCGAUAUCUGCUCGACGACUGUAAUGAGGCCUUGAUCAAGAUCAGAAUGACAUUUAAAUCGACCAACAAUCAUGAUCUGCCCGCUCAUGCGACAACCGCUAUUGAUCUCAAUCUGCCUGAAUUACUCACGAUCGAUGAUUUAUUCUCCAGCAUGGACUUUACAUUUCCCAUGACCCAACAGCCGACCACCACAAGGGGCCAGAGUCAAUUGCUUGAUGAGGACUGGACCAGCUCUCUCAAUCCCCAGCAGAGCAGUACCCAAUCGAUGCUUACCCCUAACGACGAAGCAUUGUACGAUGACGACGGCCUCAAUCUCGACUUUGGAGAGGGCGAUGAAAUGGACGUGAAUGAUACCACCAUCAGCAUGAAUCUUGGCCGAAAUGCGCCAACUCCAAAACCCACGGACGCAGAGGGUCUCCUUUUUGACGACGAUGACGGCCUCAACCUGGAUUUUGGUGAGGACACACCCAUGCCGGAUCAGCCUCAUUCGCCAAUGGCAGAUGAUACACUGCCUCCUGUCGGCCAUGACGAACCGCUUGAGUUCGGAGAUGAUGAAACCCUCCGGCUACAACAAAUGGCGGGAGGUAGGGGCCAUGGACGAGCUAUAGAGUCUCCCCUAUCAGACGCCAACUCCGACGUCCUUCGUGAACUCGACCAGACAUUCCAGAACGUACAAGAAGAGGAAAUCGAAGAGGUGGUAGUCCAGCAACAACAGCGGAGUAGGAAACAGAAACCGCUCGCGCCUGACGCUGAGACUGUUCUCAACAACAAGCAAAUCAAAGCACAAGCAGAAGACCGAUCCAAAAUCUUGCGCGCUCCGUCAUUCCUUCCUCGAGACCCUCUCCUACUGACCUUGAUGAACAUGCAAAAGAACGGCGACUUUGUCUUGAAUGCCAUGAAUGACGGCCGGUCCAAAGAUUGGGCGCCUGAGCUCCAAGGUCUGCUGUCGUUUGAAACAGUGACGAGAUCCGGCCAACUCAAGCGGAAACGAGAUAGCGGUAUCGCUGGACUGAGUGAAGACGAACAUAGUGAAAAGUCCCCUCGAUUAGAACGCCCAGACAAUGCGAUGGAGGACGAAGGCAUUCAUCUCGAUGAUGUUCAUCGCGACAUCACCCUGGAUGGCAUGGACCUUCAACCCAUGAGCGAGGGUGCACCCGCUUUGGCUAAUGUCAGCGAGGACGAAGAUGAUGGUAUUUUUGGUGGCGAUGACACUUUCGACGAUACAACGGUGCCGCUUGUCCAUCCUGCUGACAGCGGUCCUAUCUCACUGGGCACGCAGCAUGCAGUCCAUCUCCUACGUGACCGACUUGGCGAUGUCGGGGGUUCUCAUCCAUCUUCGCCAGCCAAAAAAUCCGUACUCCUACAAGAUCUCGUCCCAGAAGGUCGGACAAGCAAGGAAGACGCCACCAAGAUGUUCUUCGAGGUUCUAGUACUGGCCACCAAGGAUGCAAUCAAGGUUGAUCAGGGCGACAAGGCAAUAGGAUUGCCCCUGCGGAUCAGAGCGAAACGAGGCCUGUGGGGAUCGUGGGCUGAGACAAGCCCAGGCGAGGAUCCUGCUGCCACAACAGCCUCUCAGCAAGUGGCUGCCUCGGCCUAGAGGGAUUGGAUUUGGAAAGAUUUAGUCGUGGAGGAAAUUACUAUGAUUCUGGAUAGUUCUUUUUGGAGAACUCUGGUACCACCUGGGACGGAUUGGGUUGGCAAUGCCUGUAUUUUUAGCGGGGCUGGAAGGACCAGGUUGGACAACCCAGGAAAUGGAGGGUCUUUUUUUUUUAUCUUUAUCUUUGGGAAAAGGCUACGACGAUGAAAGCAUAGGCGCGGUGUGUGCAGGACUGGGCUGGUGUUGCGGCAGCCAUGGAUACCCCAGUACAACUGCAGAUAGUGGUUAGGUCUGAAUGAGGAGAUGUCUUUA